GGGCGGGGCGGCUGGGAAGAGGAGGCGCCGCGCUCGCCAUGGCCGCCGCGCUGCGAGGGUGAGCGGCGUCCAGCCCAGGGUCCCGGGCCUCCCGGGCCAUGCGGCCUCCGCCACUGUGGCUGCCGCCGCUGCUGCUCUGCGGCCUCGGCGCCGCGGCGUCCCCUCCAGACCCCUCUUUCCAGCUUGCUGCUCCUCUGCACUCCAAAAUUCACCUGUACAAUGAAGAGCAGAUCCUGACUUGGGAGCCACCGCUCCCCAGCAAUGACACGAGACCAGUGGUCUACCAAGUGGAGUACCGCCGCAUUGGCGCUUCUUGGAAUACAUUGCACUGGGUGAACUGUACCGACACCCCGGAGACAAAGUGUGACAUCUCAGGAGGCUUGCCACGCUACCAUAAAGUCUUCUUGCGUGUUCGAGCCACGCUCGGAGAGCACAGUUCCGACUGGGUGUACCUGGAUCCGUUCAUACACUAUCGGAAUGCUACUAUUGGGCCUCCAAAGAACAUCUCUGUGAUCCCAGAAGAGGGCUCCCUCAUGAUCCACUUCUCCCCUCCCUUUAAUGUGGUCGGGGAGGCAACUUUUCAGUAUCGUGUCUACUACUGGGAGAAAACAGGAACCCAACAGGUGAAAGGCCCUUUCAAGGGCAAUUCCAUUGUGCUGGAUAACUUGAAGCCAUUCAGAGUGUACUGUUUACAAACUGAGGCACAGCUGAUUUUGAAAGACAACACUGUCCGUCCACCUGGGCUAUUAAGCAACGUGUCUUGUCAUGAAACAGCGGCAGAUGCCUCCAUCAGGCUACUGCAGGUCAUCCUGAUCCCCGUGGGGGUCUUCACAUUGCCGCUGCUGCUGACGGGAGCCUGCUUCGUCCUGUUCCUCAGAUACCAAAGCCGGGUGAAAUACUGGUUUCAAGCUCCACCCAACAUCCCAGAACAAAUAAAAGAGUAUUUAAAGGACCCAGAUCAAUACAUCUUAGAAGCCUUGGACAAGGACCCUUCACCAAAGGAUGAUGCCUGGGACUCCGUGUCAAUCAUUUUCUUUCCAGAAAAGGAGCAAGAUGAUGCUCUCCAAACACUAUGAAUCAGUGUACCUGCCCCUGCUUACUCAGGAGGACCGUGAUCAGGGUACUGGUCGCUGCUUACCCAGGAGGACCGUGGUGACAGCACCGGCCCCUGCUUACCCAGGGGGAUGGUCAGCACAGCUGCUGACCUUCUGCCUGGACCCCAAAGAGAUUGCCAGUGUCCCAGGGACUUCUGCCUCAGAGAUGCCUUUGGGUGGGUAGGUGGGGGAAGGGAGACCAUUUAUUGUUUAUUCUUUAUGAGUUUUCUGGAUCAUACAAGUAUCCAAAAGGAUUCCACAGAAAAAAAUAUCUCAGAAAACAAACAAACAAACAAACAAAGAUUUCUCUUAAACACUAAAAAAGGCGAACAAUCUUUUACUGGCAACAUGGCUGCAAAACUUUCUUCAGUGUUAGCUGCCCUAGCUGCCAGAGACUGUGUCCUUGCCUUCACUCUGGGAAAUAAGUUGUCCCAGCCACCCCAGCCUGUCACAAUGAGGGGCCCUUAGAGUCCUUUUCCUGUCCAGGUGAUGUCUUAAAUGUGACCGCCCUGGGCUGGUAUUUGCCUGGUGUGUACAGGGCCCACUGCUGCACCCGGCCCACACAGAAGUGGUUAAUAUUGUAAAUAGUGUCCUGAUAAUUUAAGUCUUUUUUAAAUCUAGAAAUAAAAGAUUUAUAUUGAA